AAUAAAAGUAUUCUUCCGCGGGGUGAUGGCGGCUCAGGUGGUGGGAGGGAGGCUGCUCUCUACCGGGACAUUGGCCAACACCUGUCUGUUAAAAGGAAUUAGCAAAGGAUUCUCUUCCCAUGGGAUAAAUAAGGAGCUUGAGCGUACUACCAGAAGGAUAAUUGCCCCAUCAAGCUUCACUGUACAGAAUAAGGUUGGCCUGAGCACCUCACAAUGGGGAAGGUCACCGGGACCCCUUGGGGGAAGGUUUCAGGCAGGGCAGCUGCACCAGAGGCUGGGCGUGAGGAACUGCUUCCACCCUGGAGCCUCGGCCAUGAGUCGAGACUACGUGGGCGUGCCCGCCAAGGAUGUGACUGGGCGGGAGAUGCUCGGGGCUCUGGCGUCGUAUGUGUGGCCCAAAGGUAACCCGCGCAUCAAGGCCCGGGUGGGUGUUGCCCUGGGCCUGCUGGUGGGCGCCAAGCUCCUCAACGUGCAGGUGCCCUUCAUCUUUAAGGAUGGCGUCAACUAUCUCAACCAACACACGGGCGACCUCUUGGCACUCACCGACCCGGCCUCCACUGUCGCCACCUCUGCCUUUUCCCUCAUGGUUGCCUAUGGCAUUGCUCGUACAGGAGCGGCAGCCUUCAAUGAGCUGCGCAACGCCGUCUUCGCCAAGGUGGCCCAGAACUCCAUCCGCAAGAUUGCCAAGAAUGUGUUCCUUCACCUGCACAGCCUUGACCUCAACUUCCACCUGAGCAGGCAGACUGGGGCGCUGUCCAAGGCCAUUGACCGGGGCAGCCGAGGCAUCAACUUUGUGAUGUCUGCUCUUGUGUUCAACGUGGUGCCGACCAUCUUUGAAGUGGGUCUCGUGGCGGGGAUCCUGGCCUACAAGUGUGGGUGGGAGUUUGCGGGUGUGACGGUGGGCUGCAUCGGUGCCUACGCCGCCUUCACCCUCGGCAUCACCCAGUGGCGCACCAAGUUCAGGGUGGACAUGAACCGGGCCGAGAACGAGGCUGGGAACAGGGCCAUCGACUCUCUCAUCAACUACGAGACGGUGAAGUACUUCAGCAACGAGCAGUUUGAGGCCAACCAGUACGACAAGUAUCUGCAGAAGUACGAGAAGGCUUCCCUCAAGACCUCCACCUCCCUGGCACUCCUCAACUGGGGGCAGAACGCUAUAUUCAGUGUGGGGCUCUCGGCCAUGAUGGUGCUGGCCACUCGGGAGAUCAUGGCAGGGAACUUGACGGUGGGUGACCUGGUGAUGGUGAACGGCCUGUUGUUCCAGCUCUCCCUGCCGCUCAACUUCCUGGGCUCCGUGUACAGGGAGGUGCGCCAGGCCCUCAUCGAUAUGCAGACUAUGUUCACCCUCCUCCGACAGCCCCCAUCCAUCACGAAUGCCGAGAAUGCCCGCCAGUUGCUAGUGAGCCCCCAGCAGGCCUCCAUCACCUUCGACAACGUCUACUUUGAAUACACGCCCGGCUACCCAAUCUUCAAGAACCUCAGCUUCACCGUCCCCACUGGCAAGAAGAUAGCCAUUGUGGGAGGCUCAGGCACAGGGAAGUCCACCAUCGUGCGACUGUUGUACCGCUUCUACGAGCCCCAAAAUGGCAGGAUCACCAUCAACGACCAAGACAUUACCCUGGUGGACAUGGACAGCCUCAGGAAAGCCAUCGCAGUUGUCCCUCAGGAUUGUGUGCUGUUCCACGACACGAUAGAGUACAACCUUCACUACGGAGACCUCAGUUCAGAUGGGUCGGAGGUGCAGAGGGUGGCUCGCCUCACCCAGCUCCAUAAUGCCAUCAACAGCUGGGCCAAAGGCUACCGGACACAGGUUGGGGAGCGUGGCCUCAAGCUGUCCGGGGGCGAGAAGCAGCGAGUGGCCAUAGCACGGGCCAUCCUCAAGGACUCCCCCAUCCUCAUCUUUGACGAGGCGACCUCCUCCCUCGACUCCAUCACUGAGCAGGGAAUCAUGGAUGCCCUGAAGUGCGCCACAGAGGGCAGGACCAGCAUAUGCAUUGCCCAUCGUCUCUCAACCGUGGUGGACGCUGAUGAGAUCCUUGUGUUGCAUGACGGGCAGGUGGCGGAGCAGGGCACUCACGAGGACCUGCUGGCCCAAGGAGGUUACUACACUCGCCUCUGGAACUCUCAGCACUUGAUCACAUAGGCAGCUGGUAGGGGCCAUCACUCCCUCUUCUUCCUCUUUCCUUUCCCUUCUCUCUUGUAGGGCAGAUGAACAUGUAUUUAUUGUGAAGAUUGGCAAGGGUUAUUUAUGUAUCUUGUACAGAACAUUAGCUUACUAGUAUUGUUAUUCUUGGCGUGUGUUCCUGAUGACGCACGCCGGGUGGUGAUGCUGCUCAGUAGACUCUUAUUUUGUGGACUAACUCAAUGCCUUUCACUUAGUUUAGAUUUUCACCAAGUUAACCUGAACAUCUAUUACAUGUGAAUGAUUUAAUAAGUCAGGAAAGUCAAGUGUAACCAUUAAAUUCACUAUAGAUAUAGCAUUUUGGGCUCCAUGUGCCAAGUUUCUUUGUAUCUGGUUCUGCACCUUCCUGCCGUCAAGUGUGUUGUUUGUUCGUGCUUGAUGGCAGCCAUCUGUGCAGCAAGUCUUACCGUCAUGCUGAAGGGCUCAUAGAUGUCUAGGAAUGGAAUAAAUAUUUGGAAGAAAAGUAGGAAGGCUGCUGUUGGACAGAGUUUGUGUAUUAAUAGAAACAUACUUACUUACUGGACUUCCACUCCUACGCCAAAGAAAAAAAAUCUCACAAACUUGAGGGUUUGCUGCAGCAGUAGCCAUUUUGUUGGGAUAUUUAUUUUUAAUGAUUAAAGUUGAUCUUACUGAACAAUUGAAUCUAAUCUAGUUUUGAUAAUUGUAUAUCCAUGUAUAUAUUAUGUAAAUAUUGUAAUAUAUAUAUAAUAUAUA